AUGAGUAUUGAUGGAUUAGCCAACGGUGUAUCGAACAUACACUUGCAGCAGAAUGGUGAUCAGCCUUUGCAUAAUGAAGCAAAGAAACAUAGGAGACCCAACAGGGCAUAUCAUAACUUCUCUAACCCUGCUGUAGGUACUGGUAAAGAUCUGUCUUUAUCAAAUUCUGCAGAUAUUCCUUCUAUUCCAUAUAAUGGAGCGCUUGCAAGCGACAAUCCAUAUAACCCACCGAUCGCAGGAACAGAAGCUUCAGUUCUCAAUUCACCAUCUAUGAAUGCACCACAACCCACUGGCACGCAUUUUUUACCCAACCAGAGAAUGGAAAAUCAACAAAUAAUGUUACAGAAGAGCUUUCUCACAGCUACAGAUUCUGUUCCACCUUUAAGCACUUCGCAAUAUUAUGCAGAGGAUCAAGGUUCUUGUGAUCCUAGACUGAUGGCAUUGACAAUGUAUAAUGUUCCUGAUGAUGAGCAUUUAAGAGCGGCAACCAAAUUACCCGUGGGUGUCACUGUUAAGCCAUUUGCCGUUCUAAUUCCUAACAGCGAACUGCCAACUGUCGAUGCAACAAUGGAAUCUGAUGGGCCAAUGCGCUGCAGGCGUUGUCGGUCUUAUGUCAAUCCUAAAUAUCAGUUCACAUUUGAUUCAAAAAUGAUCUGCAAUCUUUGUCAUAUAAAGACAAAUGUUUCAACAAGCCAGUUUUCACCUGUGGGGCCCAAUGGAAUGAGGGCCGAUACCUUCAAUAAACCUGAACUUGUGAAAGGUUCGGUCGACUUUUUGGUCCCAGCCACUUAUAACGUCAAUCCAAAGGAGAAAACAGUUCCAUUGCAUUACGUCUUUUUACUGGAUAUCUCUGCAUUCGCAAAUGAAAAUAAAAGUUCAUUGGCUGCUAUUGAAGGUAUCAGAGCUAGUAUUGAGUAUAUGAUAGAGAACCAGCCAAAUUGUAAGGUUGCUAUCAUUGCAUUUGAUGAUUGGAUUAGAUUCUUCAACUUGAGAGCUGAUUUGGAACAAACUCAGGAAUAUAUUAUUAAUGAUCCAAAUGAUGUUUUCUUGCCAUUACAAAAGGGCUUGUUUGCUCUACCUUCUGAGGCCAUGCAUGUCAUUCAAGAUGUUCUAGUGAAAUUAGAAACGUAUAUCACUGAUGAAAGGUUUUCUCAUAGAAGUCAAUGCUGCUAUGGUAGCGCGCUUGAAGCCGCACGUUUGGCUUUAGAUGAAGCAACAAAUAAGCAGGGUGGUAAGAUCAUUGCGUGUUUGAAUACAAUUCCAACCACAGGUCACGGUAACCUUUCAUUGAUGAGAGAUGAUGGGUUAAAGAAAAACUUAAAGUGCUCUGAUGAAUUCUACAAGAAGCUUGCUAAGAGUUUCUUAAGUUCUUGGAUAGGCUUGGAUCUCUUUGUUACCUCUACCGCCUUUAUAGACUUAGCCACUACCGCAUAUCCUGUUAUUGCCACGUCCGGGAAACUACAUCACUAUUCGAACUUCAACAUCAACAAGGAUGAAUUCCAAUAUGUGAAUGAUAUUAUAAAAAGCGUCAAGGAUACCGUUGGUUACCAAGGAAUGCUGAAAGUACGUUCUUCUUCAGGUCUUUCUGUGUACAAUUACUACUCCGAAAGUGUGAAGAACAGUGAUCAAGAUCCUGUUAUUCCUGUGCUCUCAAGAAAUCAGUCGUUUGAUGUCUUAUUCAAGUACGACGAUAAGUUGAAAGUGGGAGAAGACGUAUAUUUUCAAGCAGCGCUGUUAUAUACAGACUUUGACGGUAACCGUAAAGUCCGUGUAAUUAACACUAAUGCUGCGGUAACCUCUGAGGUUGUGGAGAUCUUCAAAUUUGUUAAUCAAGAUGUUGUGACCAGUAUAAUGGAGAAAGAUGUUUUGACUAAUUUGGGAGAUUGUAACUUCAAAGAAAUUCGCCAGAUAAUUGACUCUAAGGUUACUGACAUAUUUACUCAAUACCGUGGAUUAUGCGGUGGUUCUCCAGGGGGUCAAUUAAUUCUACCUGAUUCUUUAAAGACAUUACCGAUGUAUAUGUUAGCUUUUGAGAAAAGCGAACUAAUGAAGCAAAACAAAACUACAGCAAGAGAUAAUAAUAGGGUUUAUGACUAUUAUAAGCUUCUUUCAUUCCCUUCAUCGCAAUUAUCUUAUAAACUUUAUCCUCAAAUAAUACCGUUGCAUGAAUAUUUGGAAGAUAACGACUUAACAUUUUACGACGAGAACGACCAACUUUUACAGUUCAACAACAUUGAGACGCUUUCCGUCCGCAGCGGUCACCAACACCUUGCGAAUGGUGGCUGCUAUCUAAUCUUCCAGGGAGAAAAAUGUUACCUAUGGUUCAACGAAAAUACAAACCCCAUGCUAAUCAAGGACCUCCUCGCAUACGACGGACCUUAUAACGAGUUAGACUUGUUCGAUGGAAGAUUACCGGAACUUAAUACCGCAAUUAAUAUCAAAGCGCGCAACGUUAUCAAAAACUGGAAACAGAACACAAACCUGGACUACUUGGCUGUUGUUCCUCUCAGACCUAACAUGGACCCAUAUUACUCUCAUGUGAUGAAUGCAUUGAUGUGUGAAGACCGGUCUAUCGAAAUGGUUGAGAGCUUCGACAACUACUUGAUCAAUCUACACCGUAACAUUAAAGAAAACAUUGAGAAAGACAAAUACGUCAAAAUAUAUAAAGGCUCGGAGGACGGACAUGAGAACUUUGCUCAGAAGUUUGUCCACUUCUAA